GCGGAACGGCCGGGAUGAAAGGGGUGAGAAGGAGGUUAUGGACUACUUAUGAACGCGAAGGGCGACAAGCAGACAUUUUUGGCCCCUCGUAUCCGCCCCCGGAAACUCGUGUGACGCUGCGCUACCACUAUGCCCGUCCUUGACCUGAAGACUAACGUGAAGCCCGCCGACGAGAAGGCCUUCGUUCUCGCGUUCUCAAAGGCUGCCGCAGAAGCCCUUGAUCGUCCCGAGGAGUGGGUGCAGGUCAGCGUGAUCUACAACCAGAACUUGGCCUAUGGUGGCACGUUUGAGCCCUCCGCGCAAGUGCACGUGGCUGCCAUCCAAAGGCUGAGUGUGACCAGGAACCCGGAGAUUGGCGACAAGCUGAAGGCGUUCUUCGAGAAAGAGUUGGGCGUGCCCAAGGGCCGAUGCAACAUCAUAUAUUAUGACCCCCAGUUGAUCUUCCAGUGAGGUUCGCUUCGUCUCGUCAUUUUGAUGCACCUUCUCAGCUCAUUGGCGUGCUUGUAGACCCCAGUCAAAAUUGUAACAAUAGUAUGCAUCGAUCAGGAGAUGGUCGAUCUACGCAUG